AUGUGGGCUGAUUUAGAUAGGGUUCUAUUAAAAAGCUCUGAAUUAGCACCUGCAGAAUUCCAACCGGGCGAAGAUAUUAAAUCAGUGCUUAGAGACUAUGCAAGAGUGCUGGUUAUUGGUGCAGGUGGGCUUGGAUGUGAAAUUCUUAAAGAUUUAGCACUAACUCCCCGCAAGACAGAGACAUUUUUUACUAGGAAAAAUAGGGAAAAUUUCCAUUUUUUACCCAAAAAAAUAUAAAAUUUCCCCCUAUUUUUCCAGUAAAAAAUGUCUCUAUCUUGGGGGGAGUAAGUGGAUUUCGUGAUAUUGAAGUGAUCGAUCUUGACCGUAUUGACAUCACCAACCUUAACCGUCAAUUUUUAUUCCGCCAAUCUGAUGUCGGCUCUUUCAAAUCAGAAGUCGCUGCUAAAUUCAUUAUGGAAAGAGUCCCGGAAUGCAAAGUAAAAGCUUACACUUGCCCCAUCCAAGAAUUUGAUGAAGAAUUUUAUAGUGGCUUCCAUAUAAUAAUCGCUGGUCUUGACAACAUUGAAGCCCGCAGAUGGCUAAACUCAAUGAUCUACAGUAUGGUAAAGUUUGAUAAAGAUGGAGAGCCUUUACCUUACUUACUUACUUAAUUAUCUGGUAUUUAAAGUGUCUAGUGCCGCAGCCCAAAAGGGCCUAUGGCAAAACUAGUGACGUAGGCGAGCCAUCUUGGAACAGAUCAGCCCUGGCCAAGCCUUCUAUCAACUCCUGCUUCACCAGCCUUGCUGCACGCCUCACCCGGCGCGAUGCCGUCGCCCUUGUCGCUCGACUCAGCUCCUGCGCGUGUUCCGCCUAAGGGUCAUCCUCCCGUGGGGAUGUGCUGAGAGGUAAAAGCCCGAAAUCUUGAGAGGACUGAGGAGCAGUUCCUCUGGUUAUCCCCAGAGUUAAACCGCUAUAGCUGUCCAGAAGUUCUCGAGUGAAAACCUAACCCUAUAAAUAAAAUUCCAUGAGGGAGAGAAAAUUAGCAAAGCUAAUUUCUCUCGAACCGAAUGCCAUUUUAUUUAUGGAGAGCCUUUACCAGAAACGGUCAGACCUAUUAUCGAUGGCGGCACUGAAGGCUUUAAAGGUCAAGCCAGAGUUGUAAUUCCUUAUAAAACCGCUUGCUAUGAGUGCACUCUCCCUAUGAUGACUCCACAAAAAGGUGUCCCAAUGUGUACAAUUGCUGAAACUCCAAGAAUUCCUGAACAUUGCAUUGAGUAUGCCUAUAUUAUUGAGUGGGAAAAAGCCUUUCCUAAUAGAAAAGUAGAUAAAGACAGUUAUGAGGAUAUGAAUUGGAUAUAUGAAACUGCGCUGGAAAGAGCAAAAGCGUAUGGAAUUGAAGGAGUUACAUAUAUGAAAACUAUGGGAGUCGUUAAAAAUAUUAUACCAGCAAUAGCAUCGACUAAUGCAAUUGUUGCAGCUGCUUGUGCGGCUGAAGCACUAAAAAUAGCGACUUAUGUGACGAAGCCAGUGGAUAAUUAUUUUAUGUUUAUGGGACAAACUGGGAUACAUACAGCUACACUGCAGAUAGAAAAAGAUCCAAAUUGCUUGGUUUGCAGUAAUAAACCUGGGAUAAUCACGAUUGGAAAAAACUCUAAAUUGAAAGAUUUCAUAAGCAUUUUGACUGAUAGCAACUCAAAAUAUAAAAUGAUAAGCCCUUCUAUUAGUUGUGGAGCUGGGAUUCUGUAUAUGCCAAAGCCACCUGCUCUAGAAGAAAAGCAUAGGUUUAAGCUUGAUUUAACUUUCCAGGAGUUGAUUGACCAAGGGUUUUAUGGAGAAGACUUUUUGACUGUGACUGACCAAACUUUCAUAAACUCUAUGAACUUUAAUUUACUCCACCUCCGUAAGUGAACAAAACCAUUAGAAAAAUCGCUAUUUUUUGCCUGAAAAACCACCCUCCGUGAGUGAACAAAAAUUUUUUUUAAUAGAAAAGUUUUUUAUGGAAAAAUUUUUUGAUAUAUAAGUGAUAACUAUUAUAAUGAAAUCUAGAGCUAAUAUUGUUUAAUUUUAAACAAAUUGCUUUUUAAAGCAUAAAUUUUAUAAAUUAAUUAAUAUUUUGCUUUCAAAUUUUGAAUUAGAAUUUUUUUAAAUUUUGAGAAAAAAAAAAAUUAAUCCCCCCUGUGAGUGAACAAAAUGUUUUGUUCACUUACGGAGGGGGGGAGUUAGUAUUUAGAGAUUAA